UAAGUGCAAGGACCGUUGUAGGUAGGAUCUCCCUCCAUGAGCCACCCAAGGGCUGGGGGACCCCCACCCCGCUCCCCAGCUGCCAGCAAGCACACGCCAAGAGGCAGAGGUUAAUCCCCAGGGAGGGGAGAAGGGCAGGAGGGCUGGCGCAGCGCGACGGCUGCGAUGCUGCCGGCUCCCCGGUGCUACCGGCGGCGGCGGGCGAUGCAAGAGCAAUUGUGCAACGUAGCGCGGUGCUCUCCAGCUCUCCAGGGCUGGAGUGGCUUUCCAGGACUGAGCUCCGCGGAUUGGCCCGGAGCACCCAGCUCUCCUCCCUCCCUCUCCUUCAGCACCCUCAACCCACAGAGAUUGGACAGCGGGUGCCACAUGGGCAGAGAGGAACCAGGAUAAAAGAUGAGCUGGACUUGGGGACUGAAGCGUCCGCGGCGGAACAGCCGGGAGAAGUUUGCAGGGAGGUGGCACCAAACUUCCCUGGCUGCACCAAGACAGUGCAGGGGAGGACGGACAGACAGACGGACAGACACCGGGGCUGCGGCUGCCCAGGGACACCCUUGAGUUGAGCACCAGCUGCGGAGCAUCCCGUCCCCUCUGCACCCAGCCAUGUCCCCGGUGGUGAAGGAGAAGAACCACGUGCGGUUGGUCUUCUUGGGUGCCGCCGGCGUGGGCAAGACAGCCCUCAUCCGCCGCUUCCUGAUGGACACCUUCGAGCCCAAGCACCGGCGCACGGUGGAGGAGCUCCACAGCAAGGAGUACGAGGUGAGCGGGGCCACCGUCAAGGUGGAAAUCCUGGACACCAGCGGCAGCUACUCCUUCCCGGCCAUGAGGAAGCUCUCCAUCCAAAACAGCGAUGCCUUCGCCCUGGUCUACGCCGUAGAUGAUGCCGAGUCCUUUGAGAGCGUCAAGAGCUUGCGGGAGGAGAUCCUGGAGGUGAAGGAAGACAAGUUCCCUCCCAUCGUGGUGGUCGGCAACAAGGCGGAGAGCGGGGGCGAGCGGCAAGUGGCGGCGGAGGACGCCCUGUCGCUGGUGGAGCUGGACUGGAACAGCCGCUUCGUGGAGACGUCGGCCAAGGACAACGAGAACGUCCUGGAGGUCUUCAGGGAGCUGCUGCAGCAAGCCAACCUGCCCAGCCGGCUCAGUCCCGCGCUCUGCAAGAGGAGGGAGACGUUGCCCAAGGAGCAGGCGCUGAGGCCACCCAUGAACAAGACCAACAGCUGCUCGGUGUGCUGAGCCGGCCACCCCGGGGCCGGGAGGAAGGCGCCGGCAGCAGCGGCACUGGCUGGAGAAACUCAGGUGGGCUGG